AUGGCUCUACUUCGUCUUGUAAUUACAAGCGCAUUUAUCGUGCUUGCGGCGACUUCCUCUGUCCACGCUGAAGCCGAAAUCCUAGAUGAUGGGGUUACUGUUGAGACAGUAGAAGAAGAUGGCUACCAGACACCUCAAAUUGAUUCUAAAAAAGCAUACUUGGCGGAACAUUUUGAUGAUGAAGAGGCUUUUAAAAAGAAAUGGGUGAAAUCGGAGACCAAAAAGCAAGGAGUUGAUGAUACCAUUGCCAAAUAUGAUGGAAAAUGGGAGUUGCAAACACCAGCAAGACGUUUACUUAAGGAUGACUUUGGACUGGUGCUUACAACAGAAGCCAAGCAUGCAGCGAUAUCAGCCUUACUCAACAGGCCAUUUGUGUUCAGUGAUAAGCCAUUAAUUGUGCAGUAUGAAGUCACUAUGCAGGAAGGCCAAAUCUGUGGUGGCGCGUACUUAAAGCUUCUCUCCAAAGGCGUCAACACACGGAAUGAUCUUAAACAAUUCCAUGACCAAACUCCAUACACAAUUAUGUUCGGACCAGACAAGUGCGGCAAUGACAACAAACUGCACUUCAUCUUCAAACAUCAGAAUCCAAAGAAUGGUACUAUUGAGGAGAAACACGCCAAGAAACCUACUCAGCGGCUAGACGAUAUAUACAAAGACAAGGAGCCUCACCUAUAUACAUUAAUCGUUCGUCCUGACAACACAUUCACAAUACUGGUGGACAAUAAGGAGGUCAAUUCCGGGUCUCUGUUAGAAGACUUCACCCCCGCAGUGAACCCACCAGAGGAGAUUGAUGACCCUAAUGAUAAGAAGCCAGAGGACUGGGAUGAGAGGGAAAAGAUUGUAGACCCCACAGCGACCAAACCAGAGGAUUGGGACGAAGAUGCGCCGGCGCAAAUAGUUGACCCCAACGCGGUUAAACCAACAGGCUGGCUUGAUAAUGAACCGGAGAUGAUACCUGACCCCGACGCGGUGAAGCCAUCGGACUGGGAGGAGGAGAUGGACGGAGAGUGGGAAGCGCCUCUCGUGGACAACCCUUUGUGCAGCUCUGCCCCUGGAUGUGGCGAGUGGAAGGCGCCGCUCAUCGCCAACCCUAACUACAAGGGUGUAUGGCGGGCGCCGUUGAUCCCAAACCCCAACUACAAAGGCAAGUGGACCCCGCGACGCGUCCCAAACCCACAUUACUUCAACGACGAGCACCCGUUCCGUAUGACCACAAUUACCGCCGUUGGCUUCGAACUGUGGUCGAUGUCGCCUCAGCUGCUCUUCGACAACUUGAUCAUAACAGACGAUGAAGAGGUGGCCGCGGAGUGGGCCAGACAGACAUACACACUCAAACGGGACAGGAUUACUAGCCAGGCGAAAACCCUGUGGGGUAAAAUUCUGGCCGCCACUCAAUACAAGCCGGGCUAUUGGGCCAUGUAUGCUUUGUACAGUGCAGUGCCCAUCACUCUCUACAUUGUUUACUUGCUGGGGAGAUCCAGAGAGGAAUCGCUGGUGGAGCGAGGUCUGAAGUUCGCGGGUGAGAAUCCCUGGGUGUAUGCCGUGGUCAUCAUCGGGUCAUUCAUCAUUGUGGGCUUUGUGGCUUACAUGUGCUGUGGGCCUAGAACCCAAGACCCAGAAGUAGAAGACGUUAAGAAAACUGAUGCAGUAGUAGAGGACGACCCUCACCAAUCCGACGAGGAGAGAGAGGAAGAGAAGACAGAAGAGAGUGCCGAAAAAGAGAAACAGAGCAAGGCUGAUUUAGAGGGACCAGAUAAUACUCAGGAGAGCGCGCCAGUCAUCGACACGGAGGGCGCUGGUGAUGGACAAAGGAAACGGAAACCGCGUAAAGAAUAA